AUGCACUCUAUUUUGUGCUUGGCGGCAUUUGUCGCUACCGUAUUCGGAAGCUUGCCUCCGAACUAUCCGAAUCCCUAUAAGGACUGGAUCCGAAGCGAGAUCUACAGCGCUCCUGGCGGAAAGCUGGUGCUCAAGAAGGAUCCGGCGCUGCUCAAGAAAUAUGGUGGCACCGUAGUUCACAAUAUCCUAGCGCAUGGAAUUGAUUUCACCGUCUGGCAAUACUACGGCAUCCACGCUAUCCUCGAAGUGCCCACAAUGGAAGCCGGAAAGCUCUACAAUACGGCCUUCGAUUUUGAGCGUCCGCUGAGCGGCAGGGGGCUGAACUUCUUGGAGGUGAUUGGAAACAAGGAGAAGAAGCUCGAGUUUAUGAUCCCGGAUCAGGCAGUUGGAUUCAGGUACAACACAACUACUCCUGAAUUCACGUUGACAUUGACCAGCCCGGCACUCCCGAACACUGACUCUUUCCUCUGCCCCAAUCCAACGAUUCUGUACGCCAAGAACGGAUGGUCAAAUGGAGCUAAAUACGAUAAGGUCUACCCCAAGAACACAGAUGGGCUCAGCUAUGUGUGCAAUGUGUACUGUGAUGGUGUCAAAGAGGGCAGAAACUUCUGGGCAACCGGAAGUUUGGCCGAUGGGGAUCAGCUCUACUUGAGGAAUCUGAAGACGUUAGAGAGGACCGACAUCAAACCCGACCCAUCCAAGAAUUUCACCCUCAACAUGACGCCCAACACCGAUUACGCCGUGUAUUUCAUCGGCGCGAAGAAGCCGAACAAGGAGCGAAAAUUCGACUUUGGCUGCCAGACCAAGGAA